CACCUGGUUUCAACUGGUAAAUCUUACUGGAAAUAUUAAACUCUUUUGUUUUACGUGGGCGUACGAUCCGGAACUCGUUCCCUGGAAAUUGAAGUGUCACUCAUAGCGCUAGUAUAAAGCGCAGGGCCGCAACUUUGAAAGUUGCAUAUCAAUCAGCACUUGUAAAUUACCACUACAUGCACAUAAAUCAAUGUGGCGUGGCCUGGAUACCUGUUUUUGUACAUUAUUCAUAUACAGGUAGAUACUCAUUGGGUGAAAUAUACCGCGACGUGACAAGUGUUCUAAUCUGACUGUCAUCGGCGGGAACUUCGGAAAGUACAGUGAAUUCAAGUUCCGAGACUCUAAACUUGGAGGAAAGUUUUGACAUUUUUUUCGGAGGCACAUCAUUUGAACAACAACUGGAGGUAUGUCUUUGAAGGAGAAAGCACUCACAAUUCAUCGAGCUUUAUUCAGAAACAUCAGCCGUGGCACAACAGAAGAGGAUCUUAACGAAAUCAAAAAGGAACUAAAACACCCGGAUUUUGGCGGAUUUGGAGCAGGAGAGAUUCAACGGUAUCUUAAAACAACUGAAGAUGUUUUACAAAAAUUAGAGAAUAAAGGCAAGAUUAAAAUUGGUGAUUAUAAAAAAUUGCGGAAGCUUGCUGAAACCCUUGGAUUACAGCCGAUUCUGAAUUUUGUAGCUCAAGCCGAGGAUUCCUUAGAUGCAAUAGACUGGCCUGUAAACCUUCCGCAGGUUGAUGCCCCUCGAGGUGACUCAAGGCCUGGACCUAUGGACAACCGUGCUUCAAGACCAUCCACAAUGGCAAAGAGGCAGAAAACUGGAGAGACAACUGAAACCCCGAGGGAUGACACUCAAAGUACAAGUGGUCAAACAUCGAAUCUUACUCUCGAAUUGAGUAAAGUCAUCACCAAAGUAGCAGACGCCAUAUCAAACGAUGAUGAUUUAAUGCGUCUUGGUCUUGAGCUUGGAGUCGAACAGCAACAUAUCGACCGGGCAUUAGCGACGAAUUGGAAUGGAGGUGAAAAGACCAGUCAUGGUAAUUUGGUGAUGCUCCAGAACUGGGCAAAGAAGGUCAAACAAUCCGAGCAACUUCCAACUCUUAGAGCUGCUCUAAGGAAAACGAAGUUGAUAGGAGUAGAGGAGAGCUGCCUGCCGAUAGAAGCAGGCUCAAUUACAUCUGGCCAAUACGAAGACAGCGUCCUGGUCCCAGCUAACAUCCCGUUUGAUUUUCCCACUGAAUACGAGCCCGGGCGUGGCUAUGUGCUCUUUAUCAACAACUUUUUCACUGGAAAAAAAGGUCAACGGAAGGGUGCUGAGUUUGAUGAGAAAAACAUCAAUAAUCUGUUUAAAAAUGUCCUCAAGGACUAUCACCUUGAGUACAAGAAAGAUGUAUCUCUGAAAGAGCUUGAGGAUUACCUGAAAGAUGUAAAGGAUACACUUUUGAAGGGUAUCUACAAGAGCUUCAUUUUUAUGCUGGGCACACAUGGAGCACCAAAGACGGUUGGACCUGACGGGCGUAUGAAGGAUGGAGUACAGAUGGCUGAUGGUGAAUGGAUGUCGGUUGAGAAAAUCGUCAGCAAUUUCCAUGGUGACCAGAUACCAGCAAUGAAAGACAAGCCAAAGGUCUUCAUUAUCCAAUCAUGUCGUGGGGAUAAGAUGCAGCCCUCUGUACAAUCGUCUGAUAACGCAGAAACAGUGUCGAAUGAGAAGACGAAGAACGACCCCCAGCCAGACUUCCAGCCAGCCUACCGCCCCGUCAACUCGGACAUUCUAAUUGCAUAUGCAACCUCAGAAGGUACUUUGGCGUGGCGCAAUGAGGAAGAAGGAUCCUGGUUCGUAACAGACCUAUGUGAAGUCAUCACGGAGUGUUACGACAAAGAAAACAUGGUAAAUAUCCUUAUUCGAGUCAACGGCCGUAUGGUGUGUCGAGAAGAAAAGACUAAAAAACAAGAACGUAUUAAACAGAUGCCGUGCUUUUUGUGUACAUUCACCCGGCAGUUCAUGCUAGCAUAUCCUAUAAAGUAAGGAUGGAUACAAAAAAGGUAAAUCCGAGGUACCUUGAGGUAAUUUGAUCCACUUGCAUACAAUUCGGUACCAACACCCAUUGGUCCUAAUGUCCAACGGUACCAUAUCCAUUGGUCCUAAUGCCUAUCGGGUCAGGCAGUCCAUUGGUACCGUUUUCCAUUUAUUCAGACCGUCUAUUUGUACAAAUCCGAUUUAUCUAAUUUAAGCCUGUAUUGUACAGACUUAAAAAUCACUGAAAUAAUGCUUGCAUAGCUUGCCUGGCAUACAUUGUAGCGACGGUUAUUGUAUCUAUGUUUGUUUUUGUGGUGAUUUAAAAAAAAAUCCUAUGAACCUAUUACUUGUAAAGCAAGUGCAUGUAAUUAUCUCAAGAUGCAUUUUAAUACUCAUGUUCUAAGAAAGUUUUUGUAUGUUAAGGUUAUUGUUUGUAUUCCAUGAUUUAUAUUUGAUUUCAGAAUGGAAAUUAAUAUUUCAUAUAUGUGAAAGUCAUUGAGCUUAAUGUAAAAUUAUAUUUCUUCUAAACAUCAUGCUGCAUUCUGACCAUUCAUGAAAGGCAACAGCCUGCAUUCUUGCAAAGCAUCUACAUAUAAGCCAGGUUUAAAUCUCACAUAAGUGCAAAGAUUUAGCGCACUAAUUUAACAUUUGUUUAGCUAGCAAAUAAGACAACAUAGUUUUCAGAAUAAAGCCCGAUAAUUUUGUAACUAUAUGUAAAAAAAAAAAAUUAUAAAAAAUUCUUAAUGAAAUUUGCUUCUUAAGAUUCAUUUCAAGCCUGACUAGUUUGUUAUAUGUUAGAGUAGUUUGUAGAGAAUAGUUUGUAUGGGACGGAAAGGGAUGCACUUGAACCGUCGUAAAUUAGUUGACUUAUAUAAGCCGGGUUUAUAUCUUAUCGACAUUCAAGAAUUGGGCCGAGUCGGUUUCUUUAGAAUACUGAAAUAUCUUUUGAAUUAAAAUUCUUCUUCGAAUCAUUAUUUUAUUGGGGUGAUGCGUACUUUAUUUGUUUUUGUUUUAGAGUACAUGGAUUAGCUAAGGGUUGUUAAAUGUGAUAUGGUUUAGUAACCAGGAUUGCAGUUUUGUUCUUUUUUUCCCCCUCUCUCUUCAGUUUGUGGUGAUUUAGUGUCUUGAAUUAUUCUACAAAUAAUAUUUUGCUACAUUCCCGGUUGUAAGCUCUUGAUUAAGCCAAAAACUGUUUGCAUUGUAAAUAUUCACUUUGCCCCCUCCCCUUGCUUUUCAUUACUACGUGCUUAAUCGAGUACAAUUUUGAAUAUACAUGUUCAUGUAUGCCUAGAUAUUUUAGAUUUCAAGUAAAUACAGUUAAGAAAAUUGGUGUAUUUGACGCUUUGCAGCUCAAUUGCCUUGCAUUCAAUUCAAUAUUAUGACUAGUAUGUAACCUGAAACGAAAGAGAACACAAAUACAUGCAAUGUAGGUCUUGACUGUUCAACGAUAUUGUCACUAAACCAAGUUUUUUUUAAUAAAGUUGACUGUGUUUGUCACAUUUUAUCGCUCAUGUUAUGAGUUUCAUGCCUUAGUAAAUAUAUUGCAUACAAAUGGAUUUCUACAUCAUUAUUCUAUAUAUUGGGAUCGUAAGGAAACAAUAUGAAUUGACUUACCUCUUUAAGAACUCUUUUUAUGUUUUUUUUUAAUCAAAUAUGAUCACAAAGACGUAGAAAAUCAUCCUAACAGAUUUGUCGAAGUUAGUUGCAAUCAUGUUUUAUGCAAUUUAUCAUUACAAAAGGUGAUGUUUAAAUGAAAAAGGCGUAAGUUGACAUUUUAAAAUUCAAUGUGUUUGCGAUUUAUAUGAUAAGAAUUGAAAAGCAUGGUGUAAUUGUAUCGAAAUGUAUGAAUUUAAAGUGCUUCCAUUGGGCCAAUCACUAAUAUGCUGAAUAAAAUUAUGACGAUGUUUUUUAGGUACCCGUGUUCCGACCUCGAAUUAUGAAAUCAAUAAUCUAAAGUAAAUAGGGAGUUGAUAACAAUCUUGCAACAUAAUUAAUUAAAUUGUAUAUAUUUACUUAUGAACGGUAUAAAAGUAUGAAAUAGACAAGGUAAACGUCUUUUCACUCUAUAAAGAAAAUGAAACAAUAUCAACGUAAAUUCUUUAGAUAUGAUAUCUUAUAGAUAUUAUUUUGUGAAAUUCAAUUUAGCUAAAAUACAAUAGUUGGAUUUGUAGUACAUGUAUAUUUCCAGUGAGCUUACUUUUUGUAGAUACAGAGCAGUACUAAGAUCAUGGCAUAAUAAAUUGUCCUUUCAUCUAU